AUGGAGGUAGCCUUCCUUGCCCCAUCCAGCAAUGCCGUGCAGACCGUCGCCGCACCAAAGCAAGCCAGCCAGCCGGCAGGACAGCAGUCGGGCACUAGCUUCGGAGUGAAGAUGGCCGCGGUUGCUUCAGGCACAGCUGCAGCUGUUGGUUUGGCCUCCAGCCGCAGACGCUCCAAGACCGCAGCGCGCUACACCACACAGACGAUCCUGCCCUCCCUCGCCUGGAUCAAAUCGGGCGUGAAGGCUUCCGAGCUGCAGCCCAAGCAGCUGAAAGCUUUGACGCUGGCUGGCAACGAUGUGCUGAUCGGCAAGACGGAGGCGGGGGCACUCUUCUGCGUCGGGAACCUGUGCCCGCACAUCGGCACGCCCAUGAGCGAAGGGGCCGAUGUCAUCGGUGAUGUGAUCGUGUGCCCUUUGCACGGCUCCUCCUUCAAGGUGACAACAGGUGAGCUCCUCGACUGGUGCGUCUCCCCGCCCGUCAUCGGCCCCUUGACCGGUCUGAUCGUGGAGAAGAAAAACCUCCUAGUCUUCGAGGUGCGCCAGGGCGGCUUGCUGGGAACCGGCGAUGUCGAGGUGCUCGUGGACACUAAUGCCAAGAAGGCCUAUGAGGCCUGGUAUUGGAAGGGCCUGCUUGAUGCACAGGGCAAGGAUGACGGAACCUACUACUGA